UGUUUAAGUGAGUGUGCUACGAAAUGCAGAUAGAAGCAUAAAAAGCAUCUGGUUUGGGGACUAAUCGUCAGAGCAUUAAAUACAAAAGCAGUACCCUGCUGGAUCAGACCAAGGUGGCGGUCCUUAACCCAGUAUUCUGACAGUGAAAGCCUCGUCAUAUUCUUCGUUAGGCCUCUCCACUGCAAACCAAUACGGUCCCUACCUUUUUAGUCACUUACAAAGCAGCUGCUUCACCCCCUGAUCAUUUUAGUGUCUCUUUCCUGUACCUUUUAAUACUUCCGCACCUGGUUUUGGGAUGUGGUUACCAGAGCUGCACCUUCUACUCAAGACGAGGGUAGAUGAAGGUUUAAGGUAAUGGCGAAAUAACGCGCUCUGUUCUGUUUUCAGUUCUCUGCCUCAUAAUGCCCAGCAUUUUGUUAGUGUUUUUAGCCUUGAAUUUAAUUUGUCUGAUGUAGUAGCUCUUUGAGGGAAGUCUUCCAACAUCUCGCUGCUUCUUGCUUUUGUUAUGAUUGAGUAGAUAAGGUUUUCACAUGGACAUACGUGGAAUAAGUGACACUGUCAUUCUGAACAUAUUAGGUGAAACAUGCCAGUGCAAUGACAUGCUGGGUGAAUGACUCUCUUGGGUUUUUGUCUUUUGAAAAGUGUAACACCAUCUGUCUGUUUAUGAGAUCAGGUAUUAACGUUUUCUUGGUUGGGUGCAGUACAACCUCUACCAAGCUUAUUUGCUUUGUGAAGAUUAGGAUCAGUGUUGUGAAGGUCCUUUUAUUCAGAAAACCCCAAACAGUAUGGAAACAUCUGUCUUCAAAAAUAGGUUCUUUUCCUCUGUCUUCCUAUAAAUAUAGAGCAAAGAAAAACAUACAAGCUUUAAUCUCCUGGGGACAAAGUGGACUUGCGGCCAAAUUAUUAUCUCUUCCUUUAGGAGGAAGUAAAUCAGUAAAUCUGCGACAGUGUGUAUUUAGAGUGGUCUGACUGUGAGCAUAUUUAUUGACAUAUAAUGAUCACUUGCACUAUUAAAACUGUCCUAUACCUUUUGAACUUAAGGAGCUUAUCGGUAAGUUCUUUCCAGCUUUAAGGUCCUCUUCCAUCACCAGCUGAUGCAAACAGUGCUGAAGCAGAAUCCUGUAACUGUAGCUGUGAGGCAGAACAUGUAAGCCGGGGCUCAGGACUGUGCUGACGUGACUGCGCAGCUCGCAUCUGUCUUGGGGGAUGGCUGGCGUAAGUUUGUGUUGGUGUGGAGGACAAGGCAGAACUCGUGGAAGAGGCUUGGCUGUGGCCUGCAUUGGGGAUGUCCGUGGGUGAUGGUAACGGGGGGGGUGGUUCAGAGGAAUUUCUGUACGCAGCGACAGCUGAGAAGUGACAGUUCUGGUAUACCCAUUUCAGAUUAUUAACAUUUUCAAGUUUCUGUAUGCAGCACUGGCCUUACGCUGGCAGUUUUGGUACUCUUUAUUGUUGAACCAUUUUCUGUUUGUUCUUCCUGUGAUCCUACUUCUGUAGACUGUCUGCCCUUGGGCUUGUAACAUCUUUGCAAAGGCAGUGACCUGUGGUUUAGGAGCCGUUGUUUUCCUUUCAAAAGGUGUCCUAAGCUAUUGAUAAAGCAAGUACGUUGGGUUUUUUAGAACAGCAGAUUUCCAUCAGGUUAUGUUUACAGAAUAAGGGGACGCUGAACUGAUUAUUUUAGCUUUACUCUGAAAUACUUACUGUCAAUACUUGCAUGCUUUUUAUUGCAAGAGCUUUUUCUCCUUCAUGUUCCCAAAUUAUCAAAGCGCUUUCUGUCUUUGCAGUAUGACUUUUCCUUUCUAUCCCCCGAUCAAAAUAGAGAAUUUAUGAUGCAAGCUUCAUCUUCGGUGCUCAGAGAGACUGUGUCCUCGGAUAAUACCUUUUAUCUGAGAAGUAAGAGAAAAUCAUAUCAACACCUGUGCUUCCACUAGGCAAUCUACAGUACUGAUGCUGUGUAGAAGCUAUUCAUGUUUUUCUUGUUGUUGGCUCAUAGUCCCCUGAAAACAAUAGGGGAUUGUGCUGUCUGUUGGCAGCCACAUCGUUUUAAGCUUCCAUUUCUCUUGCGAUUGGUCACUUUGUGUCUUUUGAAAACAAGCUGCUUGCCAACAGGGGUUGAAAUGUCUAGCUAGAGUACUGACCCUCCACCUACAAAUUUUCAGAGCUGUUGACAAAACUUAGGCUUUCAAGUUCUCCUAGGGAGCAAAUGUCUGUGUGUCGAAAUGAGGCUGCGCUUCUCGCUAACCAGAGUUUCUUUUCUAGUCUGUACUAACAAGUGCUAUUGUGAGCACGCUUCAGAUGUGAGUAUCCUCAGACCACUGAGUUUCUGCGUUGUAAUAGAGCUGAUUUAGGGUGUUCGUUUUACGUUUUGGUGUAUCUUGUCUGUCUGUCCCUCUUCUGAGGGCUUUUGGCUCUCGGAGAGCGUAACUGUAUUCCGUGCUGGCAAUCCCACUCGUGGUAAUAUUGCUAACUUUCUCACUGGAGGCUAGCCAGCAAUGGGCAGAGUUUCUGUGCGGUGUUUAAGACAAAUCGGUACAAAACGACAUGCAACACCCGUCUCCGGUUUUCACUCGUCUUUACUGCCUGGUAAAACUGAAAACUUUGUCUCCUGCCAUCUUGCACAUUUCUGCCGCUUUUAUUGUGUGAGAAAUCUUUGCCAUAUGUAUGAUUGCUUUGUUUGUUCUAAUUUUUAAUUACUAAAAGGGACUGCGCAGGGUAGUGUAGGUUAUACUGUGUUCGUAGGGACAAUGUAAAAGUUAUGGCUUUUUAAAGGCAAGAAGUUUGUUGCUUAAUCAUGUUAUGAACACAGUUAAAAUUGAAAGCGUAACCGUGCUAUAUUUAUUCGUGUUCUGCCAUGAUAGCCUAAUGCUGUAACACACACCAAAAUGUUAAGCUUGAAAUAAUUUUUCUCAUUUGCAUGUGGAGUUGACUUAAACUUUUAACAGUGAAUUGAAGUGGUUUUGUUGUAGUUAAAUUUUUGUGCGUGCUUUAUACAAACGUGCCUUGUGAAUACGAUGUGGUUUAGAUUUAUAGCGGUGCCGAGUGUGCUUGCCGCCACGGUCAGCUGUGAGAGCUCUCCCGCUGGGGCCGCUCCUCUCUGAUGGAAAAGGAGCAGCUGUGAAGGUGCUGUUUCAGGCUCUUGCUGGCAUUAAAAAAAAAAAAAAAAAAAAAAAGAAAAAACAAAACCCCCACUAGCUUACAUUGGAGAGGGGGAACCAGGCCACGUGACUCCCACCAUCCUACCCUAUGUCACAGUGUGUAGGAGCGCUGAUUGCUCUUACCCAAUCAUGCCUGGAAUGCUGCUUGCCACUUGGGCUAUUUCUGCUAUCUGUCGCUAUCAGGGCUGCAGUGCUAACAGUUUGGCAGAUGGGACACUUUUUCUUGGAGUUUAUGUCUUUGGUUUUUAACUUCUGGCAGUGCCUGAAUUGUUGCUGUUCUCCCUCUCCUUUUCUUCUCUCUGUAAAACCAUGGCCCAUCGGCUGCGGUUUCAUUUUGGCUCUGGGCGAAGCAACACAGCCCCCGAAUCAGAGAUCCUCGACCGGGAGAGAGAAGAUGACUUUUUCAUGGCAUUCCACACUUUGCCAAGAAGGAACAGUCCUCACGCUUUCUCCCGACACGGAGCAGAUUAUGGCGGUGGUGGAGAUUUGCAAGAAGUGGGCUCCUUAAAAAGGAGCACAUCCAUGUUUAUUCCCCAGCUGCUGAACAGUAUUGAUGUGCGUCCAACGAGAAGCUCGUCAAUGCAGAUCUCUCUUCAGCGCAAAGCUGCGAAUGGCUGCGCGGACGAGUGCGCAACCCUGGAAUCUCCUGAGGAGACACUUCCUUGUAAGUUCUCAGACUUCAGGGAGCAUUAUGUGUCCCCUGUUGAAAACCAUUCUUCUUCUCCAAGCAGUCCAGAGGUGACUCCUGAAAAUUCUCUACCUGGGCUUACGGAAGAGUUAGGGCAACAGCUGAAUGGAACUGUUUGCUGUAAUCAGAGAAUAUUUCAUACUAUUCCUGCUAAUAGCCAGAGUGAGGACGCUUCAUCAACUACCCAAGAAGAUGACGCAAAUGAAGUAGCUUCAGGUUUAAACAUAAGUGGUGUGAGGAUUCAGCAUCGGGCUUCAAGUGCAGACGUGCCUCAGGUUACUCUACUGCCCUUUGGUACUGAGGCUCAAAAUAAUGCUCCCACCCCUGAACCCCGGCGCUGGUCUCUGCAACAUGUGCCAGAUAUGUCAGCAAAUUCAGGGAAAAAGUUCUUUGUUCUCCAGUUACAGCAGCCUCAGACGAGUGGUACAGGUGCAGGAGGCGAAUAUAAUUUUGGUUUUACUGGAACAAAAGGGGACAGAUUGGUCAGGUAUCCUCGGAUACGGCUAGAAAGGAGUACUUCCUACCCUGUCCAGCCACCAACAGAAGAAAGUAGCCCUGCGGAUGAUGGAUUGAAUUCAGAACUGCAUGGAAAUGGCAGGAGCGGGUCAGAAAUAUCUAGAAGCAAUUCAGUGGAGCGGAUUCCUCAAGGGCAGGGAUGCUUGUUUAAAAUCAGACCAGAUCAAAACACGAGGCAGCAGCACUUCAGAAUCCUUGUCACCCGUGGUCCUGAGGAACAAAAUCAGGUUGUUGGUAAAGAGGGUCGUGGCACCCCUGGUCCUACAACAGCCAGCACCGCAACUAGAGACGACUUCCUGGGUCAAGUGGAUGUGCCGCUUAGUCACCUUCCGACUGAAGACCCAACCAUGGAAAGGCCAUACACAUUUAAGGAUUUCCUUCUCAGACCAAGAAGCCACAAAUCUCGUGUGAAGGGUUUCUUGAGACUGAAGAUGGCUUAUAUGCCUAAAAAUGGUGGCCAAGAGGAAGAUAACAAUGAUCAAAGGGAUGAAUCUGAGCAUGGAUGGGAUGUAGUUGAUUCCAGUGACUCCGCAUCUCAACGUCAGGAGGAGUUACCACCUCCUCCGCUGCCUCCUGGAUGGGAAGAAAAGGUGGACAACCUGGGGCGGACUUACUAUGUCAACCAUAACAACAGGACUACUCAAUGGCAUCGACCAAGUUUAAUUGAUGUGGGAUCUGAUUCAGAUAACAAUAUCAGACAAAUAAACCAAGAAGCAGCCCAUAGGCGGUUCCGCUCUCGGAGACACAUCAGUGAGGAUUUGGAACCAGAACCUAUGGAGAGUGGAGACAUUCCUGAGCCUUGGGAAACCAUUUCAGAGGAGGCGAGUGCGAGUGGAGAUUCCUUAAGCUUGUCAUUGCCACCUCCUCCUGCAUCUCCAGUAUCCCGUACCAGUCCUCAGGAGCUGUCUGAGGAACUGAGCAGAAGACUUCAGGUCACCCCUGAUUCCAAUGGGGAACAACUCAGUUCUUUGAUUCAAAGAGAUCCUUCUUCAAGAUUAAGGUCUUGCAGUGUAACAGACACCGUUGCUGAACAGUGUCAAUUAUCCUUGCAGAGUGGUCCAUCUAGGAGAGCUCGUUCUUCAACUGUCACAGGUGGUGAGGAACCAACGCCUUCAGUGGCCUAUGUACAUACUACACCAGGCUUACCUUCAGGCUGGGAAGAAAGAAAGGAUGCAAAGGGCCGCACUUACUAUGUCAAUCAUAACAAUCGAACCACAACAUGGACACGGCCCAUUAUGCAGCUUGCAGAAGAUGGCAUGGUUGGGUCAACAGCAAACAGCAGCAACCAUUUAAGUGAACCCCAGAUAAGACGGCCUCGUAGCCUCAGUUCACCCACAGUAACUUUAUCUGCUCCACUAGAGGGUAUCAAGGACUCGCCUGUGCGCAGAGCGGUGAAGGACACCCUUUCCAAUCCACAGUCUCCACAGCCCUCACCUUACAACUCUCCUAAACCACAACACAAAGUUGCACAAAGCUUCCUUCCCCCUGGCUGGGAGAUGCGGAUAGCACCCAAUGGCAGGCCCUUCUUCAUUGACCACAACACUAAAACUACUACGUGGGAGGAUCCACGACUGAAAUUUCCAGUGCAUUUGAGAUCAAAAGCAUCUCUGAACCCUAAUGAUUUGGGCCCUCUUCCUCCCGGCUGGGAGGAAAGAAUACAUUUGGAUGGAAGAACGUUUUAUAUAGACCAUAGAAGCCAGGUGUUGAUAUGUGGAGACAUUGAUACCAGAGACUUAGUGCCCUCAUACGAUAAUAAAAUUACCCAGUGGGAAGACCCCAGACUGCAGAACCCGGCGAUUACUGGUCCAGCAGUUCCGUAUUCCAGGGAGUUCAAACAGAAAUAUGACUAUUUCCGGAAGAAGUUAAAGAAACCAGCUGAUAUACCGAACAGAUUUGAGAUGAAGCUACACAGAAAUAAUAUUUUUGAGGAGUCCUACAGAAGAAUUAUGUCUGUGAAGAGACCCGAUGUACUAAAAGCCAGGCUCUGGAUCGAAUUUGAGUCAGAAAAAGGACUUGACUAUGGAGGUGUGGCCAGAGAAUGGUUUUUUCUCUUGUCCAAGGAGAUGUUUAACCCUUAUUAUGGUCUCUUUGAAUAUUCAGCAACGGACAACUAUACACUUCAGAUUAAUCCUAAUUCAGGUCUUUGUAACGAAGAUCAUCUGUCGUAUUUCACGUUUAUUGGUCGGGUUGCUGGUCUGGCAGUAUAUCAUGGGAAGCUACUGGAUGGCUUCUUCAUCAGACCUUUUUACAAGAUGAUGCUGGGGAAGCCAAUAACUCUGAAAGACAUGGAGUCAGUGGACAGUGAAUACUACAACUCUUUGAAGUGGAUCCUGGAAAAUGACCCUACAGAGUUGGAUCUCAUGUUCUGCAUAGAUGAGGAGAACUUCGGACAGACAUAUCAAGUCGACCUGAAGCCAAAUGGGUCAGAAAUCAUGGUAACAAAUGAAAACAAAAGGGAAUACAUUGACCUGGUCAUCCAGUGGAGGUUUGUAAACAGAGUUCAGAAACAAAUGAAUGCUUUUUUGGAGGGAUUCACAGAACUUCUUCCUAUUGAUCUGAUUAAAAUUUUUGAUGAAAAUGAACUAGAGUUACUGAUGUGUGGCCUCGGCGAUGUUGAUGUUAAUGACUGGAGACAACACACCAUCUACAAAAACGGUUACUGCCCAAAUCAUCCCGUGAUCCAGUGGUUCUGGAAGGCCGUUUUACUGAUGGAUGCUGAAAAGCGGAUUCGAUUACUGCAGUUUGUUACUGGGACGUCACGCGUGCCUAUGAAUGGAUUUGCUGAACUUUACGGUUCAAAUGGUCCUCAGCUGUUUACAAUAGAGCAAUGGGGAAGUCCUGAUAAACUGCCCAGAGCUCACACAUGCUUUAAUCGCCUAGACUUACCUCUUUAUGAAUCUUUUGAAGAUUUGCGAGAGAAGCUUCUUAUGGCAGUUGAAAACGCUCAAGGAUUUGAGGGAGUGGAUUAAAACGUCGCCUUUUCUCCCCCCUUCAAGCAAGUUCUGCUUGCACUUUUGCGUUUGCCUGACCGAGGGACUAUGGCAGAGCAGUUGCACAGCGUUGGUUCAUGGAGCAAACCCUUCGACAGUGCCGUUGCCUGAAUCCAGAAGGCCGAACUGUAAUCUGCAGGUGGCUUUUCUGACACGUCCACAGCAGAUUACCAACUGCUUAACAUGAACUCUGAUCACAUUUCAGCAGGACUUACUCUAUUUAUGUUGUGCCUCUGUAGGCAAAGCCCUUAAUAAAUAUUUUACAUAAUUUCUAAUGACAAUGAAUGGAAUUAAUCAUUUUACAGGUAUAGUAUUACAACUCAUGUUUACUUUUUAAUUGAUUUAGACAUUUUCAGAUUUUAUUUCAUUACAAUUAAAUAUCAUACACUUGGAAAAAAAGAGCAUUUUUCUUAAUUUCAUACCAGACUUGAUGCCAGUGUCAUUUUUUUCAAAGCACAUUUUGAGCCUUGUGUUCCCAAACCAUUAGGAAAGUAGAAGCAAGCUACGUUGGAAAUUUUCUCUACACAGGCUAUAUAUCGAAAGCAACUCCUUUCAUUGAGCACAUAAAUAUUUUUCUGUAUCCAGAAGUACGGACUGGAUGUUGCAUUUUUGUAUAAAUAUUAGAAUAGUUACAAGUCAAGGGAGAAUCAUAACAUAGCAUGCCAAAUCUCAUGUUCAGUAAAGAAAUUGCCUCAUUAUUGGUAAUAUUUACAUGUACUAUAAAGCAUUUUGGGGUAGGGUUGGCAUUAAUCAUUUUAGGAAAAUAUGCUUAACCCUGUCAUUAUCUUUGUAUAGUGAUUCUUUUAUUAUCCUUUCCUCUUUACUGUUUGCAACGGAGGCACUUUGAAUGAAACCUGGCACUAUGUGAUUUGGCGCUAUGGAAAACAGGUCUGUUUUGUCUCCUAUUUGUAUGCGUUUGCUAAUGAUAUCUAAAUAACAACGGGGGUUUUGUUUGUUUCUAACUGCACCAACUCUAAAGGCACUUUAUGUAACACAUGGAAGUCAUAUCUGUUUUUUUAUCAUAAACAUUAAUGUGAUUAUAUUCCUUCUCACUGCACAUGUCUUUCUGGUGCAAUAUCUAUCAAUUGUGAAUUUGGCUGCUGCUGAUGUAUAAAACAAAAAACAACACAACAAACAGAUGUAGAGCUGAGCCUGCAGACAUGUUUCUCAGCAAUUGUUUUUGUGAUUUAUUUUUUACUUAAUCACAAAGAUUUAUUUAAUAUACACUGCUAUCUAAUCAGUUUUUGUUACCUAUGACAUGUUGCAUGCUUAAACUAUAAUGUCUGAGUUGCAUCUCUUUUGCGACAGAUUAAAAGCAAAAGAUUUGUAUUUGAUCCACUGAAGUUAAAUGGUUACACUACAACUAGAGUAGGUUUGAGGGGUCAGCAAUUUAGCAUUCAGUUGUGUAAGUUUUGCCCACGUACAUACCUGUAGGUCAGCUUUUUCCCCAAGAACCCUUCUAAUGCUCAUGAAGCAGGAUGACACCACAUGCCAAAACAAAACUUCACCUCUUGCCAGCAGGUUUUUCAGCCCUGCCCUUACCCCUCCCCAGCACCCGCUGGCACGUACAGUCUACAUCCGAGAGCGAGCAGCCACACUGCAGAAACGGUAAUACGUGAAUAAUACGAUACUUCAGCUGAAAGGGCUGCUGGUAACAAGCCUUAAUGUUCAUAACACUCAGCAAAUGCUUGUGUGCUAGCAGCAAGUUUGAAGAGCUGAUAGAGGCACUAGGAAGGUUAUUUUGUUAUUUAAACACAGGGUAAGAUUCAUUUUUCUAUUAAAUAUGUUUCCUGACAUUCCUUUCUGACCUUUUACAUUUGAUGAGAGCUUGAACACAGGAGGACAUGGACUGCAUCUGAGUAGGUAAACACCAUGCUGGUCAUUCAGCUGUGGGAAGGAACAGAGGAUGAGGCAAAGUCAUGUUGAGGGCAGUCAGUUAUAACACAGACUCCCUUGAGGGAGUCCAUACUCCAAAAGUUGUUCUCUUUCUGUCCUGACCUUGGUCCAAUGCCAAGUAUCAGAACCUUCAGAACUCCUGAGACUUUUUUGGUUGUGAAACUGAAAUGUAAUCUCAUGUACAGCAGUAGUGCAGCUGAGGUAGAACCACAAGUCAGGUGGUGUUUAAGGAUCUGCCCUUCCUCUUGUGAUCUUGCUUUGGUCCCUUCCCUCCCCUCACUCUCUGAAACAGGUUUACUAAUACUUGCCUACAUCAAAGCCCUUUCAGCUAUCUAGAAUUACAUAGUGACAUGUGACUAGAAGGGAAAUUUUGGAAGGUUUGUUGUUUGGGGUUUUUUUUUUUUUAAAGAAAAUUUAGAAUGACUUACUUAGCUUAACGUGUUUUCAAAUCCACUCCUACUCAGAUCCUCUCUCUCUCAAACUGACAGAUACUCCAAAAGCAUUCACUAGGUAUUAAAGUAGUGAGGCAAACUGCAGUGUAAGAACAGUAAUUAACAUGCAUUUGGACCAUUGUGGUUUACUUGGGGGGGGGGGGGGUUCACGUUUAGGGAACAGUUGGAUGUUAAAAGCAAGACCGCAACUCCCUCAAGGUACGCUGUGCCAUUACAGCAGCAGCUGAGCGCAGCACAUGGAGAGACCUGACCUCACUCAGGCAGCAGACAAUGGGGCCUAACAUGCCCAAAUUUCAGCAGGAGCUGUACAAGUCUUUUUGGCUUGCUUGCAAUUAGUGCAAAUAGCUAAAUAAAUGCUAUUUGUGCUUCUUGUGCCCCAGACACUGCAACCACAGCUGUCACCUGCAUUGCAAACCUACCAUUGCUGUAGCAAUGUAUGUGUACUGUACCCACACACCUCAGAUUUAUUAUUGGUGGCUAUGUUGAUGGCUAAGCCCUGGGGCAGAUAUGCCCCUCUCAUCAGCCAGAAAGUUAAGAUCCUUACGCUGUGACAAAAACCCAGGAAGUUACCUUCAGUUUUGCAAUAAACUACGUGAGGCCAAGUCAGUGGUUAGCUCUGCAAGGCAGCAGCUGCAGAGGAAAUGGAUUUUAUUCUGCAGGGCUCUUAAUGUAAAGCCAUGGUGCUGUUACCGAGAGCCUAAGCUGGAUUCCAGCCCUUCCACCCAGGAGUCCUCCUGGAGCUACAUUUGUAGGAAUCUUUCUAGGAAAAAAGGUAGCUAAACAUCAUUUACUUAAAACAGCUAAAACAUAAAGCAAUGAACGCUCCAGUGGGACUUGUACCAUAGUGCUGUGCCUUUCUUCACACAGUACGCUCUUGUACACUGACAGUUUAGCCCAUUCACCACAAAGUGGCCCAACAGUAUUGUAAAAGGUUCUAUUCAGUUACUUUUUUUUUGUUAAUAAAUGGUAAUCAUAAACAUGAUACCCAAACCAUUACUUGUUUGCUCAUAAGAAGCCUGAAGGCAACUAAUCCAUAAAAAUUUUAGUCACCACACAGAAGCCAGGGUCUGCAGCUCUCCCCUCCUGUUCACAUUGACGCUCACACAUCCAUGCCUUGUAAGGUUGUAGUUCCUGCACACCAUACCCAUCACAUUAACUCCUGCUUGCACGCACAGCUUCUGGAAACCCCUGCUUUUUUAUCUUCCAGUCCAAAAGUAACAACACUGCCCUGUUGCCACAAGAAUUACCUUAUUUCUGCCUCUCUAAUGCUGACCUCUCCCUCUGCAACUUGCGAGCGAAAGGAGCACAAGUGCCACGCCAGCGUGACGUGCUGGUAAUUAGCAGAGGAGUACGCACCCCCAGGGACACCCCGCAGGUCUCGCGUGCUCAGCCCUGUCCCAGCUGGCCAUCACUACUGCAGCAUCAGUGGCAACCUCUUCCCCAUGCUCUGGGUGAAGUAUUUCACAUGGCACUACAGGGCCCAGACUUGUGAAGGCUAGGGAGCCAGGGAGGGGAAGCGGCAUAGUUAGACAGCACUUUUAAGUUAAAAAUAACUGAUUGCAGGGGCUAAUUAUCAGUAUGUAUAGUAGAAAAAAUCACCAGAUUGGACAGCUUAAAUGUACAUUGGUUUUCUUAUUUUUUAAUAAAAACUUUUCCUUUUGGAUGUAAAAUUGCAACAACAACAAAAAAAAAACCCUGCCGUCUUCCGUCUCCCAACCCCCCCGUUACGAUGUUGCACUAAGUAGUAACGCCUAUUUGAAAUGCACAGGAAACACAAAACUGGAAUCUAACUAUAUUAAUGUCAUCUACCCAUGGGGCCGGUCAGUGCACCUCAAACCCUAGCACAUACCAUCACUGCAAACCAUAUUUAGUCAUAUGUCUGUCAAUGCAAACUUCUAACGAUCUGUUCAUCCACAUUUAUCCUCCUCUUACAUGUUGGAUUUUUAUUUUUCUGUAUUAUUUUCACAUAGACCUCAUGCUUUUUGUCCUUAAUUUUUUUUAAUAUGUAGCUGUAAAAUUACACACACUAUGCAUCCACACACAGUACCACAUGUGUUGCAUUUUUGUACAUCAAUGUGUUGUGUUGGAUUUAAAGAGCCUGGCAGGUCGUCCAUCGCCCUGGCACAUUUGUCACAGCCACGCAAUAGCAAAUAGGUUAUGAUUCUCAAAACCCAAAUGGAAAACUCAAAAAAAUGAUGUUGCUAUGUUCUGUGUUUGUGAACAUAAAUUUAAAAUCAAAUUUAAAACCAAGCUUAUUAAUAUUUCCAAACAUGCAAAAGUGUCAAACAUUCCAGAUUAAAUUCACUGUUUAAUAAUAUUUUUUUUUUUGUAAAACCACUUCAUACUAGAAGGCUAUUCAAAAUUAUCCUAACUACCUUAAAAUUGAUUUUCAGUACUACUUAUAAACAAUGCUCAUUUUCACAAUUAAUACAGCUUUAAACUGUGGGGAAGGAUUUGUUAAUGGACAAAAGUCAGUUUUUGCAUUUAUUUUCUGAGGAGCAGUGAAAGAAACUAGUUUGUUUUCCUGACAGCAAAAGCUCAAUGUGACAAAAUGAAGUCGUUGUAAUGAAAUGAUGCAACUUAAGUAUUUAAUAAAGAAUUAUGGAAGCUA